AUGUCCGACGUCAAGGGCGGGAAGCGCUCUAGUGCCGACGCCGACGAUUCCUCUCGGAAGAAGUCGAGGAAGGAAGACGGCGCCGAUGCCAAAUCCAACCCGUACCUCGCCCACAUGUACGACAACGGCAGCAAUGGCAACGACGUGUCGCCCGACUCUCCUCUCGCCGGGAUGAAGCGCCAUCGGACGACCGCCAAGGAGGCUGAGAAGGCCGAGAACUCAGAGUACAACCCCUUCACUGGCCGCCCGCACUCUCAGAAGUACUUCCAGAUUCUCGAGGGCCGUCGCGAUCUCCCCGUCCACAAGCAAAGGCAAGAGUUCCUCAAACGGUACCACGAGAGCCAGAUCCUUGUCUUUGUCGGUGAGACUGGUUCCGGAAAGACGACCCAGAUCCCCCAGUAUGUCGUCUACGACGAGCUCCCCCAGAGCACUGGCAAACUCAUCGCCUGUACCCAGCCCCGUCGAGUCGCUGCCAUGUCCGUGGCCCAGCGUGUUGCCGACGAGAUGGACGUUAACCUCGGCGAGGAGGUUGGCUACAGCAUCCGUUUCGAGGACAUGACCGGCCCCCAGACGAUCCUCAAGUACAUGACCGAUGGUAUGUUGCUGCGCGAGGCCAUGCACGACCACGAGAUGUCGCGCUACAGCUGCAUCAUUCUUGACGAGGCUCACGAGAGAACCCUGUCAACCGAUAUUCUCAUGGCCCUGCUGAAGCAGAUCUCCAUACGCCGCUCAGACCUCAAGAUCAUCAUCAUGUCCGCUACCCUCGAUGCGCAAAAGUUCCAGAAGUACUUCAACGACGCGCCGCUCCUGGCUGUCCCUGGACGAACCCACCCCGUCGAAAUCUUCUACACCCCCGAGCCGGAGCGUGACUACGUCGAGGCUGCCAUCCGAACCGUCCUGCAGAUCCAUGCUUCCGAACCCGAAGGCGACAUCUUGCUCUUCCUGACUGGUGAGGAUGAGAUUGAAGAUGCUUGCAGAAAAAUCAGCCUCGAGGGCGACGAGUUGAUACGCGAAGUUGAUGCCGGCCCCCUCGCUGUCUACCCCUUGUACGGUACUCUGCCUCCUCACCAGCAGCAGCGCAUCUUCGACAAGGCUCCCAAGCCGCUUCGUUCAGGAGGCCGCCCCGGCAGGAAGGUGAUUGUGUCGACCAACAUUGCCGAGACCAGUUUGACCAUUGACGGCAUCGUCUACGUGGUGGACCCUGGCUUCAGCAAGCAGAAGAUCUAUAACCCUCGAAUCCGUGUCGAGUCCCUCCUCGUCUCCCCCAUCUCCAAGGCCUCGGCCCAGCAGCGUGCUGGUCGUGCUGGUCGUACCAAGCCUGGAAAGUGCUUCCGCCUGUAUACUGAGAAGGCCUUCAAGAAGGAGCUCAUUGAGCAAACUUACCCCGAGAUUCUCCGUUCCAACCUCUCCAAUACGGUUCUGGAACUCAAGAAGCUCGGCGUUGAGGAUCUCGUCCACUUCGAUCUCAUGGAUCCCCCCGCCCCGGAGACCAUGAUGCGCGCCCUCGAGGAGCUCAACUACCUCGCCUGUCUCGACGACGAUGGUGAGCUCACGACGCUGGGCAGCCUGGCAUCGGCGUUCCCCCUGGACCCGGCCCUUGCCGUCAUGCUCAUCUCGUCGCCCGAGUUCUACUGCUCCAACGAGAUCCUGUCCAUCACGUCGCUGCUCUCGGUGCCCCAGAUUUUCGUGCGCCCAGCCGCCAACCGCAAGCGUGCCGAUGAGAUGAAGGCGCAGUUCAGCCACCCGGAUGGCGACCACCUGACGCUCCUCAACGCCUACCACGCCUUCAAGGGCCAGUCCACCAACGACCCCAAUGCGGCCAAGAACUGGUGCCACGAGCACUUCCUGUCGUUCCGUCAUCUGUCCAGUGCCGACAACGUCCGAGCCCAGCUGAAGCGCAUCAUGGACACACAUGGCCUCGAGCUAAUGUCGACUCCCUUCGAAGACAAGAACUACUACAACAACAUCCGCCGCGCUUUGCUCUCCGGCUUCUUCAUGCAGGUCGCCAUGAAGGAGAGCUCUGGCAAGCUCUACCGCACCGUCAAGGAUGACCAGGCCGUUCUCAUCCACCCUUCCACGGUGCUCCGCACUGAGUUCGACUGGGUCCUCUACAACGAGUUCGUGCUGACAUCGAAGCAAUAUAUCCGAACUUGCACAGGCAUUCGACCCGAGUGGUUAUUGGAAAUUGCGCCCACUUACUACGACCUCGACAGCUUCGAGCAGAGUGACAUCAAGCGAUCCCUAGCGCGAGCUGCUGAGAAGAAGCGCCGCAAGGAGGCGAUGAGGACGGAACGAUGA